AUGAAUUAAAAAUUUUAAUAGAAAUAGGAUUUUAAAUGUAAGGAUCAUCCUUAAACAUCUGCUAUUUUCUGGUGUAAAUCAAUUGAUUGUAGAGAGAAUAGAAUAUUUUGCAUUAAUUGUUAAAAAUAAUAGAAACAUUAUUAACAUUUCAUUGAUGAUGUUGAUGAUAUUAAUUAAUUAAACUAAUUUUUGAUUACUAAAUCUAAAUAGUCAAAGGAUCUUAUAACAGAAUGUCAACUUUAAUAUAAAUCAACUGUUCAAUCAUAUGAAUAAUUAAUUUCUGGUUUAAACUAUAAAUUCUGUAUAUAAGAAGAUAAAAUUAAUGAAUUUUAACCUAAUUAAGCAUUAACAGCACUUGAUUCUUUAGUUUUAUUUGAUGAUAUGAAGAUUCAUAUUAAAUCCAAUAUAAUAGGACCUUUAUAGAAAAUAUAGAAAAUUUUAGAAGAUCUAUAUAUACAAUUAGAAUUAUAAACAAUAAAAUAUUAGAUUUCUGAUUAAUAAAGAGCAACAAAUUAAAUUGAAUAUUAAAAAGGUUCUUUUUUUUAUAUUUAUUUUUUUUAGCUAUCUCUUUAAAUAUAAUAAAUAAAUCAAAUGAUGCAAUUCAAAUAUUUGAUAAAUUAUUAUUAAUUGAUCCCUUUAAUUUAGAAUUUAUGUAUUAAAAAGGUUAUUAAUUAAUAAUAUUUUAAGCAAAUUCAUUAAAUAAACUAAAUAAAUAAUAAGAAGCAUAAUAAAUAUAUACAAAUAUAAUUAAAAUCAAUCCUUAAUAUGAAUUAUCAUAUUGGAAAAUAGGUACUUUUUAUUUAUUUUUUUAGGUGAUAUAUUAAGAGAAUAAAAAUCUUAUUAAAAAGCUAAAGAUUAUUAUGAUAAAUGCAUAUAAAUUAAUAAUAAUAAUUCAGCAAGUUAAUUUGGAAUAGGUAUUAUAUCAAUAUAUUAUUUUAGGUGAAUGUUUAAAAGAGACUUACAAAUAUAAUCAAGCAUUAGAAUAUUACAUUAAAGCUAUUUAAUUAAGUUAAUCUAAUCAACUCUAUAUAUAAUCUUAUGGUAAAUUUAAAUUUAAAGUAAUUAGGUGAUUGUCUAAGAGAAUUAGAGAGAUAUUAAGAGGCUAUAUAAGCUUAUGAUUAAAUUUUAAAUAAUUAAUCUAAAAAUGCUGAUGCAUCUGCUGGAAAAGGUUAAUCAUUCAAUAAUAAAUUAAGGAAUAUGUUUAUUGUAUUUAAACAUGUAUAAAGAAGCAGAGGUUUUAUUAAAAAACUCAUUAACUCUUAAAUUAGAUUGUAUCUUAGGAUAUUAUGGAUAUGGUAUAUGAUUAAAUUAAAUGUUAGGAUUGUAUUUAUAUUCAUAAGAUCAAUAUUAAGAUGCAAUAAAUUAUUUUGUUAAAGCUUUGGAUAUCAAUCCAUAGCAUAUUCAUUCAUUAAAUGGAAAAGGUAAAUUUAAUUCAAUUAAUCAAAGGUGA